AUGGUUGAUCAAACUCAAACAUAUAAACAAGUUAAACCCAUGGAGGCUUAAGAUAUAUAACUGGACAUGCAAUACCUAGAUGAAUACAACUAAUAUUUAUAAGCUAAACAAGAAUAUCUAAGGUAAAAUAACGAGAAUAUCCUUGGAAAAUAGUAGCUUAGACCAUCUUGA